AUCUCAACGAGUUUAAAGUUUUAGACUACACCAAGCCCUGCAUUUGCGAUUCAUUUAAGGAAGUUACUCGAUUUCUUCAUAGUUAUGAAAUCAUUAAUUCUGUUAGGUUUGCUGCCCUUUCCACUCCAAAGAGCUUUUGAAGUUCAGCUGUACCUUAUCAAAAAGAGAUGCAAAUUAAAAUUGGAGGAGACUAUGGAGGAAGUAGUUUUAAAAUGAUCAAACAGUAAAUUCUCAUAAUAUCAAUAAAGAAAACAAGCAAAAUUCUUUCAAAAGCAAGAUGAAGAACUAUAAAGAAUGAAAUAAAAAGUGAAAAAACACAAAAGAUUGCCCAAAAGUUAUAGUUUAUUAGCUAAGUUAUUCCUUAACGUGCAUGGAUAACAAGUCUAACCUGCUUUUUGAGAAUGAAUCAUUUGUUGAUCUUGAUCCAAAUGGAGAAAUUUUCAAAAAGAAAGUUUCAGCAAAAAAAUUCUUUGGUUGCAGUUAUGAGUUUCAUAUUUUAAAUAUAGAAUUUCCUGACUUGUUCUGCACAAAACAGGUUUAUUUAAAUAAUCAUUCUAUGCAAAAAAUAGACGAUGGUAUGGUUAGUUUUUAUCUUGAAUUUGGAUCUGCUAAGGCAAGAGAUUCUGUGAACCGUAUUACUAUUAAAGUACAGCAUGCUUAUAAACAGCAUAAAGAUGUAAUCAUCAAACAUCAUCAAGUUUUCAUGCAAAAAACAAAGGUUCUUGUAAAAUUAAAUUUGAACUCUGCAAAUGAGGUAGAUAACUUUAAUGUUUAUGAACUGGAUAAAGGUUUGGAUGAUGAUCAUAUAAAUUCAUUUUAUCUUGAAGUUGGAGUAAAGUUUUCUAAUAACAAAACUUACACAAAAAAUUCUCAUAACUUUCAUUUGGUUGGAAAAAAAAAUCCUACAAAUGUUAUAGAAAGUUAUCUGAAACAAUCUCAUUUAAACACAACUGGUUCAUCUUCUACAGGUGUUGUGAAAAAUGAUUUGAAACAUUUAAAAACUAUUGAUUUAUCUCCUGCAGAUGUUGUAAAAAGUGAUCUGAAACAAUCUCAUUUAAACACAAAUGAUUCAUCUCCUAUAGGUGUUGUGAAAAAUGAUUUGAAACAUUUAAAAACAACUGAUUUAUCUCCUGCAGAUGUUGUAAAAAGUGAUCUGAAACAAUCUCAUUUAAACACAAAUGAUUCAUCUCCUACAGCAUACAGCAAAAAAAGUGCAGUUUUAGCAAACAAGUUCUUUGAUUGCAGUUAUAAGUUUUCUAUAGUGAACAUUUACUUUCCUGAUGUGUUCUACAAGAAAGAGGUUUGUUUAAAUAAUCAUUCUAUGCAAAGAAUAAACAAUGAUUUUGUAUGUUUCCUUCUUGAAUUUGGAUCUGCUUUGGUGAGGGAUUCUGUAAGCAGUAUUACUAUUAAAGUACAAAAUGUUUUUAAAGAGCAUAAAAAUGUAAUCAUCAAACAUCAUCAAAAUAUUGUGCAAGAAGCUAGGGUUCUUGUAAAAUUAGAUAUGGACUCUGUAUAUGAAGUUGAUAACUUUAAAGUUUAUGAACUGGAUAAAAAUUUGCAUGAUGAUCAACAAAAUUUAUUUUAUCUUGAAGUUGACGUAAAGUUUUCUAAUGAAAAAAUUUGCACAAAUUGUUCACAUAUUUUUCGUUUGGUUGGGAAAAGACCUCUGAGUACUGCAGAAAGUGAUCAGAAACAAUGUCUAGUAAUUAAAACUGAUUCAUCUCCUUCAGCACACAACCAGGAAAAUGCAGUUAUUGUGAGCAAUUGUUUCAAUUCCAGUUAUAAGUUUCGUAUAUUGAAUACAAACUUUCCUGACGUUUCCUACAAGAAACAAGACUUAGACUCUGAAUGUGAAGAUAACUUUAAAGUUUAUGAACUGGAUAAAGAUUUACACGAUGAUCACUUUCCUUUGGUUGGAAAAAGAGAAACUCUAGGUACUGCAAAUAUUAACCUAAAACAAAAUCUUUUAAACACAACUGAUUCAUCUCCUUCAGGUGCUGUAAAGAGUGAUUUGAAUCAAUCUUGUUUAAACACAGCUGAUUCAUCUCCAUCAGGUGCUGUAAAUAUUGAUCUGAAACAAUCUCUUUUAAACAAAACUUAUUCAUCUGCUUCAGGUGUUGUAAAUAUUAUUCUAAAACAAUCUCUUUUAAACACUACUGAUUCAUUUCCUUCAGGUGCUGUAAAGAGUGAUCUGAAUCAAUCUUGUUUAAAUACAACUGAUUCAUCUCCUUCAGGUGCUGUAAAUAUUGAUCUGAAACAAUCUCUUUUAAACACUACUGAUUCAUCAAUUCCAGGUAGUGUAAAUAUUGAUCUAAAUCAAUCUCUUUCAAACAAAACUGGUUUAUCUCCUUCAGGUAGUGUAAUUGUUGAUCUAAAUCAAUCUCUUUCAAACACAACUGGUUUAUCUCCUUCAGGUGUUGUAAAUAUUAAUCUAAAACAAACUCUUUUAAACUCUACUGAUUCAUCUUUCACAGGUAGUGUAAAUAUUGAUCUAAAUCAAUCUCUUUCAAACAAAACUGGUUUAUCUCCUUCAGCUAUUGAUCUGAAACAAUCUCUUUUAAACACCACUGAUUCAUCUCUGUCAGGUGCUGUAGAUAAUGAUCUAAAACAAUCUCUUUUAAACACAACUGAUUUAUCUCCUUCAGAAAAUGAUCUGAAACAAUCUCAUUUAAACACAACUGAUUCCUCUACUUCAGGUGUUGUACAAAGUGAUCUAAAACAACCUCAUUUAAGCCCAACUGGUUCCUCUCCUUUAGUAGCUUAUACUUGUUCCGACAAUGAUAAAGUACUAAAAUGCAGUAAGUUAGUUAUGGAUCAUGUUCAAACUAAAACAUUACAACUUGGAAAUUUGUUUCCUGGCCAAACCAUUCAGACAACUAAUGGUGAUGUUAUAUAUCAUUGGCCACUGAAGAAUGAAGAUGAACAAUUUGAAGAAGGAGAAAUUGUGGGGUUCAAUGCUGAUUUGAAUGGAAAGUAUUAUUUAAGGAAGUUGACUUUAAAAAACUGUUCCAAGGCACUUCUUAAGGGUGUGAUUUGUCGAUCAUAUAACUUGCAGUCUCAAGUUCUAACAGAUGGAAGACAAAGGGAAACUAUAUGUAUGAUGGGUAUUGUGCCAGUCAAAGUAAAAGGUUCUGUUUGCAUUAACGAAGCGCUAUAUACUUCUCCAGCUUUUCCUGGAUUUGCUGUAAGUAGUUACCAUCUUGAUAUCAGUUUGCUUCAAAGUAGUGCUCAUAUUGGAUAUGCAUUUUCGUCACAAAAUGGUGCAGAUGAAAAAGUAGAAGGUAUGGUUAAAGCUGGGGUGUCAGUCUUAGAAUCAGCAACUCGAUGUUUAAUGGAUGUACAACUUCGUACUUUGAAAUCUCAAAUUGAUGACGUAUCUUUAAAACAAAAGCGAAAAGAAAGAUGUAUAUAUCAGAAGAAAAAAAGAUAUACCAGCAUUUAUUUUCUUGCUUGGAUUGUUUUGGCUAUUUUAAGCGGUGUUUUCCUUUACCAUAUCUUUGUAUCUGGAGCAAGUUUUAAAUACUUUCUUUGUAAACAAGGAAGAUUAAUUUGGUCUGCAUUUUAUCAGUUUAUUCCAAUUCAUGAUACUGGAGUUCAUCCUCACAUUAGAGGUACUGAAUUUGAACCAGUCUUUAUGCAGAAGGCAGCUCAUGCUGGGUAUAAACAGUUAAACAUGACAGGUUAUACUUAUCACUGGGGAGAUUUUCAAGAAUCUCAACAACUGAUCUGAAAUUCACUGGCAUUUUUAAAUAAAAUGGAGUCUGGUAUUUCAUGGUUAUAGACCGUUGUGCGCACAGAUCUAAUAUAAACUCGGAAAAUGUUCCUGUGACAAAUCCUGUUAAUAACGGCCCUGAGGUGUUUGCUUUAGACAAAGAAUGCUAUCACGCG